CUUUUUAUUCUGUACAAAACAAUGUUGAAAGUGGAGCGGUUUGACUUGAAGUAUACUAAUUGCUAUUGCGAAGAAAAUAUUUAUCUCUUAUGUAAAGAGAUCGAAGAAAAGCAACCCGACAUGUUGCAUAGCACCAAUGUCAUUUACAUUAGCAACGACAUAAAGAUGGUACCUUUAUGGAAACAAAAGGCGGGUGUGGAUGAACAGCCAGUGGUUUGGGAUUAUCAUGUCAUUUUAUUUGUGCAAAAAGAUAAGGAGGCACUUGUGUAUGAUUAUGAUUCAGUACUUUCUUUUCCUUGUACAGCAGAGGAAUAUAUUACCGAGACAUUUAAGCCUGCUUAUAAAUUAAAAAGUGAAUUUGACAGGUAUUUUCGAGUGGUGCCUGCAGAGACAUAUUUAAGCUUGUUUUCAUCAGAUAGAAGCCAUAUGAUCAAGAGCGAUGGUAGCUAUCAUGCACCACCACCGGAUUAUCCAGCUAUUCAAUCCUGUGACGAAGUUAUGAAUUUAGAUCAAUUCAUAUCAAUGAAGAAGAAUAACAAGUAUGGAAUUGUGUGCAAGCAAUUUUAUAAAAUAUAGAUUGUCAUGCAUGAGGAAAAUAAUAAACGUAAUUGACAAAAUAGGGGAUUGUUUACGCACGGAUGACGCGCGAAACCUUUUUUUUUUCUGACAAAGUGUAGCUUAAUGCAAGCUGAUUCUUUCUUUAGUUAGAAGCCCCUACUAUUACAGCAGCAUAUUUCUUUGGGUGAAUUAAACCAUAUCAUCAUCACACGGACUUUGCUAUUGGUUGCAGUGUCUGAACGAGUAUUGCCUGAUGCAAAACGCGAAACACUGUGAAACGCUAAAGUUGUUAAAUUCACAUUUCGGGUAAAAAGAAUGGUGGUACCACAUGAAAUAAACUAAAAAAACUUGCCCCCCCCCUUAUUUUUAUUUCUC